AUGAAAUUAAAAAAGAAAAUGACUGUUUAAAGAUGGCGGAGCAAAACCGACGCAAGUUGCUGGAUCUCCUAAAGUUACCUGGAAACGACGAAUGUGCAGACUGCAGAAGGAAAGAUCCGGAUUGGGCGUCAUACAACAUCGGCGUGUUCCUCUGCAAAGAGUGCGCGGGGCUUCAUCGCACUUUGGGUUCUCACAUCAGCAAGGUUCGAUCAGUUCACCUGGACAACUGGGAAGAUAGUCAGAUCGUCACCUUGGAGACCAUGGGAAACAGAAACGCUCUGCUCAAGUACGAGGCUCACGUGCCGCCGUCCUACAGGAGGCCUUUGCACGAUGAUGUCACCGUUAUCAAGGAGCAGUGGGUUCGAGCCAAGUACGAACGGGAAGAAUUCAUUUAUCCCGAUCGACAAGUGUACGAGCAUGGCAGCAUGGAAGGCUGGCUCUACAAGAGGGGAAAGGAGGACGGGCGGUUUUACCCGCGUCGCUUUGUGCUUCGAGAAGGCGAGGCCUGUCUCAAGUAUUACGUGAAAGAGUCACACAAGGAACCAAAGGCAACGAUCCACAUAUCGGAGCUCAACGCUGUCUUCUGCCCCGACAAGAUAGGGAACAAACACGGUCUGCACCUCAGCUAUGUCAAGGAGGGUUCUACGAGAAACUUAUUUGUGUACAGCGAAGAUGGAAAGACAAUCGUAGACUGGUACAAUGCACUGCGGUCGGUGAAGUUGCAUCACCUACAAGUUGCAUUUCCUGGAGCCAAAGAAACGGAACUCGUGCAGCACCUGACGCGUGACUUCCUCAAGGAAGGAUGGCUGUGGAAGUCUGGUCCACGAACCACUGACCAGCAUCGGCGGAGGUGGUUUACGUUGGACGACCGCAAGUUCAUGUACCUCGAGGACCCACUGGACGCCUAUCCAAAAGGGGAAAUCUUCCUCGGCUACCACGGUGAAGGCUACACCGUCCGGCCGGGAGCCCUGCCCGGGUUCAAAGAACAGCCUUUCAGUUUCACUGUCGUAACGCCAACACGCAAGUUUGUCCUGGCCUCGGAAACAGAAAAGGACCGUUCCGAGUGGAUCACCCUUUUGUCCAAAGUGAUGGAGAGGCCCCUCAAUCCACACGACUCCAAUAUGUCCAUCAACCUCGUUCGGAAACGACCGACGCUGACGUCAUCUCUACAAAUUUUAAAAGUGCGGUGAUGAGGAUGUCCUACAGUGUCGCGAUCCUGCGAUUGUAAAUUUUAUAAUGCCCCUGCCAUCUUUAUUUAUAUACAUAUAUAUAGCUUACAGAGUGCAUUUCUCAAGAAAUUUCUAGAAGCGUCCCGAACGAGAAUUUAAAUUGUAGCUUGAGCGGUCACAAAGUACCUCGUGGUCCGUGUACACGGUAGAAUUGUAGCGUGCCUUACAUUCCACAAAAGUUACGAGCAGAAUAUUUAAGGAGAAAGAGUGCUGUUUCAGAUUUUUAUGAAAUGUAGCAGUUCUAUUCUAAAGCACAGUGUAGUUGAAUUGCCUAUUUGCAUGCAUCACCGAGAGCCAGUGUCGUUCUGCCAGCUCGACGGAGAGUUGAGCAUUGCCGCCACGGCCAAUCGCAGCAGUAGUCUUGCGCACUCUACACACAUGAAAGGAAUGUGCUGUAAAUAACUUUGUGCCUCAUAACGUACUUGUAUUGUUGUUGUCAUUUCAGUUCAAAAGAUUUAUAAUUGCAUUUUACCCUUUUGUGAUCCCAAAGGUGAUAAAGUAACGUUCUCGUGCCA